AUGACGGACUUUCGAAUGCCCCUCCACCAAGGGCCUCCUGCCCGGAAGCCCCUCUCUGGUGCCCAGCACGGACCACGCACAGUCGGACUCGAACCACAUCCUCCAACGUGUUGCCCUACUCAAGCGGCUCGCAGCACUACCACGGCGCUCCCCCCGCCACCUCCUAUUCCUCAAAUGACUCUUCCUCCUCACCCACCCUCUCGACGCAUGUCUAGCACCACUACCUCGACCUCGUCCACCGGCAACCACCCGACGGUACAUGCGGGGCAUGGUGUUUCUGACAUCCGGCGAACCGCCUCGUCUCGCUCUGCCAACUCUCAGCUUGGAUAUGUGGCCCUCAUGCGGCGGCAAAAGGCCACCGUCUGGUGUGACCGGGCACAGCCCGAGGACGCCAGAUCCCGCGAACAAGCCCUGCGGGACAAGAAGAGAGCGUACCUUGAAGUUCAUGGCGCUGGCCGGUCAGGAACCUUGGCUAGUGGCAAGAUCCGACAUGGUCCUAAGGGAGCUGCUGAGUUCUCGCCCUCAAAUCUAGUCGGCGCAAAGGUCCCCGUGCGAUUGAGUGCGAACGAGGUCGGCGAUGGGGAUGAGGACACUCUCAGCAGUGAUGGUGGCGCAAUUCACAGACGAACCGGCAGCGGCCGCAGCUCUCUGGGAAGUGCCCACCGUUACCCGAGUGGAUACUCGCGGCCACAAGGAACGAUGGGCAGCAACAGCACGCCCCCGAACGAGAAGACUGACCUGCCAGAAGUGUCUGAAAAUACGCCCGCGGAGAUGCACGAAGAAGAGAAGAGCCGACUGUCAUCUCUCCACAAAGAUGAUACCGCAACAACACACAGCAGCGAGCACGAGCAAGACGACUUUGUUGGUGACAUGCAGGCUCCGAGCGCCGCCACUGCGGCAGCCGAGAAAGCCAACAGGGCAGCCGAGCUGCGACGACGAGGCAGUGUGGACGAGCGAACUACUACCAUGACCAAUGUGCGACUUUUCGUCGCAAAUCCCGAUUCAGACAGUGACUGA